AUGGCGAGCCAACACCAUGAUAUCGACAUUGCCGAAACCCACGAGAAGAGCGGCCAUGUCUCCAGCUCCGCAGCAAUAGAUGGCAAUGUUGUGAAUAAAGGCAACAAUCUUCAUCUGCCAGUUUCCGAGAAGCUACAACCUACGUGGAGAUCAUACAUUUGGGAUAGUCUUGACAAAUCCUUUAUCAAGUUCCUAGACCAAGUCAAUGUUAGCAGUGCAUUUGUUUCCGGUAUGAAAGAAGAUCUAAAUCUUCAGGGGAACCAGCUCAACUAUCUUAUCACGUCAUGGACUGUGGGUUACGUUAUUGGACAAAUCCCUAGCAACAUGGUGAUAACCCGCGUCCGACCAUCGAUUUGGAUUCCAACAUGCGAAGUCAUCUGGUCCGUCCUAACUAUUAUCAUGGCCAAGUGCACCAAUGUCAACCAAAUGUAUGCCAUCCGCUUCCUUGUCGGUUUAGCAGAGUCUGCAUUUUACCCCGGCAUGCAAUAUCUCCUCGGCUCUUGGUACCGAAAGGACGAGCUUGGAAAGCGUUCCUGUAUUUUGCAAGCAAGCAGCUUCAUCGGUGCCAUGUUUUCUGGCUAUCUCAUGGCAGCUACUUACAACCUCGGGGGAGUGAAUGGAUACAAGGGCUGGCAGUGGCUGUUCAUUAUAGACACGGUUAUUUCGCUGCCUAUUGCUAUCGCUGGCUUCUUCAUUCUUCCGGAUACGCCAGAAAUCACACGGGCAUGGUGGCUGAGCUACAACGACAAAGCCAUAGCCAAGAGGCGCAUGGAGUUGGAAAACAGAGGAAAUCGUGAGCCCUACAGCAGAGCAAAACUACGAAAGAUUUUCACUGGCUGGCACAUUUACGUCCUGGUUUUCUUGUAUGUGCUUUAUAACAACAACGGCAACUAUGGAGGCCAGCCUGGAUUCCAACUAUGGCUCAAAUCGGAGGGGUAUGGUGUUCGAGAGGUGAACUUGUAUCCAACAAUUGCCCUCGCUAUUGCAGUUGUCUUCGCGCUUAUAUUCGGCUGGACAUCUGACUCUCUAUUUCGGGGUGCUCGUUGGCCGCCAGUAAUCCUGGCUGGGACUGCGAAUAUUGUCAUCAAUGUUAGUCUUGCCGUGUGGGACAUCCCUUUGGGCUGGAAGUGGGCAUGCUAUAUGCUUGGUGGUCUGCCAAAUGGCUUGGGCGCAGUCAUCCUAGCAUGGGGCACCGAGAUUUGCGGCAGUGAUAACGAGGAACGUGCUUUUGUAGUCGCAGCUAUGAACAGCAUGGGAUCCGCUAUCCAAGCGUGGCUACCGUUACUCAUCUGGAAACAAGUUGACGCGCCGAGGUACUUUAAAGGCUUUCUUACAAUGGUAUUCAUAGCUGUUGCACUUAAUUCUACAGCUCUACUUACUCGGUUUCUCCAACGCAGAGAGGAGCGCCGACGGGAAAGGGAUAGUGACCGGUCAGAAUCCGAGUCUAACGGCUAA